AUACUCUGUAUAAGGAAUUCGUUUUCUUGAGUCCUCCAUCUAGAGUGGGUCUACAGUCGGCAUGGAGCCCUCAUCUUCACUCUCUUUAGUAUCUCAGCUGUGUAGCCUUCUCCAGAACCCAGACUUCCCCGCGCAACUGGCAUCUGCGAUCGAAGCAUCGAAACGAAAUCACUUGGAUCUCUCCAAGGAGUCCUCCCAACAGGAGCAAGAGAAUAGUGACCUUUUCCUCCGUAUUGAAGCUUCGCUUUUUUCUGGUGCACCAUGUGUAUCUCAGGAUAAUUCAUGGGUUCUGGGUUGCGUUGACCUGAACAAUGAGCGUGUUGUACCGUUGUCGCAGUUGACUCCAGAUGUCUCGGAGAUAAGCUACGAUAAACAAAAUACCAUAGCUGCGCCAGAACCCAUUAUAGAUGGCCAUGGCUCACGUCCCCUUAAGCGACGAAAGACCGUCAGUGGCCUUCGCUUGGCGCCACAUAAUCAUAAGGCUGUCAUCAAAGGAACUGAAUCUCAGGUCGACGGCUACGCUACACCGGAUUCAAAUAGGACGACUGACGAUGCUCAAAAGUCGUCUGUUCGCCAGGUACAUAGUGAUACUAGGUUUCCCCAACGUAAAAACCCAAGCAAAGAUACAUCUGCCCCAGUCCUAGAGCCAACGUCAACCGACAAGCUUAUCGCGGGUAUCUGGCGACAAGUGUUCUCACCUGUUCAACUAAGCCGAUUCCAUUCUGUCAUAGAACCCGGCAUAGACAUUCGCACUGGCGUUAGUGGAGAGGUAUUCCGGGCAGUCAACACCCUGUGCCUAAAGUACUACAACCAGAGUCAGUCCUCCCGCGCACUUGAGAUGAUAGUGCAAGCAUACUGGAUUGAAUGUUACGAGGCUCGUAUUGCUGUCCUUCGCUUAGAAAAUCCCAACCUAUCAGCUAUGGAAAUCCGAAUGAUGGGCUUGAGGGAAGCAUGUGCGGUCCUCAACUGGAAAGAAAAGGAUCUGCGAAACCGAAUCGCUAUCUGGCGCGGAUACAAGGAAAUCAAAGAUGCUGGUGGUUGGGCCAGUUUGAUAUUUGCAAGUGCCGGGGUAUACCGAUUCUGCAAAUACCGUACUGGCUUUGGAGAGGGUUUCUCUACGCGCCUUCGACAUAUCCGAUCUAGCCUAGAGGUUGCCGCCGAUACGCUGCAUCCGGACUGGAGGGAUCUUCUUCAAGUGAUCGGGCAACAAGAGACGCGGCAGUACCACGGCCACCCACAUGAAUGGGUAACAGUAACAGGAAGACCAGCAAUCCCCUUGACUUCAACAUAUGAGCAUCUUCAGCUCCCCAACGGCUUCCAUUAUCGCUUCAUCGAUGAGUGCGUGCUUGACACUGCUGCUUUUGGCACAGAUGACCCUCGCCGGGUUCCUGAAAUAGAUCCGGAUGUGUGUUUGGUAUGCAAAGAGAGGCAGUCUGAUGAAAUCGACAAGAACCAAUGUUCAUGCUUCCCCACACUGUUCGGGGGCGUGCGAAAUCCAGUACCAGUACAGUUGUUCCAUACAACCAGCGGGAAGAACAACGGGGUCAUAGCUCGCAGUAACUUCGACCGUGGUAUUGCUAUCGGUGAGUUCACGGGUCUCAUCACCAAAGGCAUCGAGGGUGUCGACGUGAUGCUAGGUGGCACUCGCACAAGAACGUACCAGAUCUUCCAAGGGCAGAUGGGCAACUUCACACGGUUUAUCAACCACUCCUGUCGUCCAAACAGUCAAUUCCAGCGAUUCUAUUGGCGGGGAAAGGAGCGCGUAAUUGUUGUUUCGCGAGGAGUGACGGCUGGGGGUGAGAUCACCGUUGAUUAUUCAGAUCAUUAUUGGAAGCAAUUGAACAAGACAUGUCUUUGUGGGGAACCAUGCUGUCGAUUCCGGGAGAGAAGAUAAUGCAUUUUCACGGCGUGAUGCUUUAUCGAUGUACAUAGAGCUUGAUGGGAGGAUAUCAUGUAGUAGACUGAACUGCUUAAUGUGCAAUGUCAGGGAGGUCACAUGGCGGGCCAUAUGGAAUCUCCUUGUCAGAUGAUAUGCG